GGGAGCGGGACGAGCGGAUCCGGAGGUAUGGUGCUGGUGCAGGGCGGCGCCACGACGGCAGCGAGCGGCGGCGCCGUGGUGGUCGGCAGCGGCGAGGGCACGCAGACGAGCAGCGGGUCCGUCAGCGUGGCGUCGGCAAACGGCGGCGGCGCUGGGACGAGCGGUCGGCUCGUGUUUAGCUCCGGGUCGAGCAGGGGCGGCAACUCCGGCGCCAUCUGCGUCGGGAGCGGCGCGAGCACCGCGGGCCGCGGCGGCGGCGUUGUGCUGAGCGUCGGCAGCGGGACGAGCGGCGCCGGCGGCGCGAUGAGUCUCGCCGGCGGGCGAAGCACGGCAAAGACGGGCGGUGCCGUGGUGGUCGGCGGCGGCGAAGGUACGCAAACGAGCAGCGGCGGCGUGGUUAUCCAGACAAGCAACUCUGGCGUCUCUGGGUCGAGCGGCUCGUUGGCAUUUAGCUCCGGGUCUGCCUCGGGAGGCAACAGCGGCGCGGUGCUGCUCGGCAGCGGCGCGGCGACCGGCGGUCGCGGCGGCGCGGUCGUCGUGAGCGCGGGGAGCGGGACGAGCGGAUCCGGCGGCAGGCUGAGCGCAGCCGCGGGUCGGAGCACCGCGGCGACCGGCGGGACGCUCGUCGCAACCAGCGGCGAGGGCACGCAGACGAGCAGCGGCGCGGUGCGCGUUGGAAGCGCAAACGGAGGGGCAUCGGGCUCGAGCGGGCUGCUGGCGUUUAGCUCCGGGACGGCGAACGCGGGGAAUAGCGGGUCCAUCUUGAUUGGCUCGGGCGCGGCGACCGGCGGUCGCGGCGGCGCGGUCGUCGUGAGCGCGGGGAGCGGGACGAGCGGAUCCGGAGGUAUGGUGCUGGUGCAGGGCGGCGCCACGACGGCAGCGAGCGGCGGCGCCGUGGUGGUCGGCAGCGGCGAGGGCACGCAGACGAGCAGCGGGUCCGUCAGCGUGGCGUCGGCAAACGGCGGCGGCGCUGGGACGAGCGGUCGGCUCGUGUUUAGCUCCGGGUCGAGCAGGGGCGGCAACUCCGGCGCCAUCUGCGUCGGGAGCGGCGCGAGCACCGCGGGCCGCGGCGGCGGCGUUGUGCUGAGCGUCGGCAGCGGACGAGCGGCGCCGGGCGGCGCGAUGAGUCUCGCCGGCGGGCGAAGCACGGCAAAGACGGGCGGCGCCGUGGUGGUCGGCGGCGGCGAAGGUACGCAAACGAGCAGCGGCGGCGUGGUUAUCCAGACAAGCAACUCUGGCGUCUCUGGGUCGAGCGGCUCGUUGGCAUUUAGCUCCGGUCUGCCUCGGGAGGCAACAGCGGCGCGGUGCUGCUCGGCAGCGGCGCGGCGACCGGCGGUCGCGGCGGCGCGGUCGUCGUGAGCGCGGGGAGCGGGACGAGCGGCACUGGCGGCUCGGUGCGCCUCAGUCUGGUCGUAGCACGCCGGCGUCCGGAGGGACCGCGGCUAUAGCCGGAGGGGAGGGCACGGCGUCGAGCAGCGGCGGAAUCUCGCUGCGGUCCGCGAACGGCGGCGUCGUCGGCUCGAGCGGACGGCUCGCGUUCAGCCCGGCUCGUCGGCGGAUGGAAACAGCGGCGCGCUGGACCUCGGAUCUGGAGCCUCGACCGGCGGAAGCGGGGCGCGGUGCGCGUGCGCGUCGGAAGCGGCACGAGCGGAUCCGGUGGCCUGGUGUCGCUGGCCUCUGGGCGCAGCGCCGGCGCGAGUGGGGGGUGCCUGUCGGCGGAAAGUGGCGAGGGCACGCAGAAGAGCGGCGGGGCGAUAUUGAUUCGUACGGCGAACGGCGGCGCGGCGGGCGCGAGCGGUCAGCUGGCGUUCAGCUCCGGCUCGUCUAAGGGGGGGAACAGCGGGCUGCUUCUAGUUGGAUCUGGCGCCGCGACGGCGGGCCGAUCUGGUGGCGUUGGGAUCAGCGCGGGAAGCGGAACGAGCGGCGCCGGUGGCGCAUUGAGUCUCCAGUCUGGGCGCAGUACUGUCGCGACUGGCGGGACCCGGCGUCGCAUCCGAGAGGGCACGCAGACGAGCAGCGGAAUCGUCGCCGUCCGCGCCGCGAACGGCGGUGCGUCGGGAGCGAGCGGCCGCCUGGCGUUCAGCUCCGGAAGCUCGUCGGCGGGCAACAGCGGACCGUCACGAUAGGGUCCGGGCCGGCGACGAAGCGGGCGGGGGCGGCGACGUGGCGUCGCGGUCGGCAGCGGGACGAGCAGCGCCGGUGGGGCGUUGUCGUUUGCGUCCGGCAGAAGCGCGGCGGCGACGGAGGUCACGUUGCGGUCUGCGCUGGCGAAGGACGACGGAGAAGAGCUCGGGCGCGGUGGUCGUCGCGAGUGCCAACGGCGGUGCGUCCGCGCGAGCGGGCUGCUGGCGUUCAGCUCGGGCUCGGCCAAGAGUGGGAACGGCGGCGGUAUCUCGAUCGGCUCCGGAGCGGCGUCUGGCGGUCGCGGUGGGGCGGUGAGCGUCAGCGCGGGCAGCGGGACGAGCGGAUCUGGCGGCGCUGCGUAUUUUGGAGCUGGCCGCAGCACGUCGAGGACCGGCGGGAGCGUCACGUUCGCGGCCGGGGAGGGCACCGCGACGAGCAGCGGCGCUGUUGUCGUCGGCUCUGCGAAUGGCGGAACGUCGGGCGCGAGCGGUCGCGUUUAGUUCUGGGUCUGCGGUAUCUGGGAACAGUGGGAGUCUGACCGUGGGCACGGGCGCGGCCACUGGGGGACGUGCUGGUGCCAUUGUGAUGUCGGUCGGAAGCGGGACGAGCGGAUCUGGGGGUGCGGCCUCGAUGGCAUCCGGUCGCAGCACCGUCGCGAGUGGCGGCGCCGUCCGUAUCAAGAGCGGCGAAGGCACCGCAACAAGCAGCGGCGCUUGUGCGAUCCAAUCGAGCAAUGGCGGGUCGGCGGGGGCUAGCGGGCGUCUCGUGUUUAGCUCGGGAAGCGCGGCCGGCGGAAACAGCGGCGCGGUGCUGCUCGGCAGCGGCGCAGCGACCGGCGGUCGCGGCGGCGCGGUCGUCGUGAGCGCGGGGAGCGGGACGAGCGGAUCCGGCGGCAGGCUGAGCGCAGCCGCGGGUCGGAGCACCGCGGCGACCGGCGGGACGCUCGUCGCGACCAGCGGCGAGGGCACGCAGACGAGCAGCGGCGCGGUGCGCGUUGGAAGCGCAAACGGAGGGGCAUCGGGCUCGAGCGGGCUGCUGGCGUUUAGCUCCGGGACGGCGAACGCGGGGAAUAGCGGGUCCAUCUUGAUUGGCUCGGGCGCGGCGACCGGCGGUCGCGGCGGCGCGGUCGUCGCGAGCGCGGGGAGCGGGACGAGCGGAUCCGGAGGUAUGGUGCUGGUGCAGGGCGGCGCCACGACGGCAGCGAGCGGCGGCGCCGUGGUGGUCGGCAGCGGCGAGGGCACGCAGACGAGCAGCGGGUCCGUCAGCGUGGCGUCGGCAAACGGCGGCGGCGCUGGGACGAGCGGUCGGCUCGUGUUUAGCUCCGGGUCGAGCAGGGGCGGCAACUCCGGCGCCAUCUGCGUCGGGAGCGGCGCGAGCACCGCGGGCCGCGGCGGCGGCGUUGUGGUGGGCGUCGGCGGCGGCACGAGCGGCGCCGGCGGCGCUCUCGAGGCAAUCAGCGGACGAAGCACGGUCGCGACGGGCGGCGCGGUCGCCCUCCGCGGCGGAGAGGGCACGCAGACGUCGAGCGGGGCGGUCAGGCUGGCCACGGCAAACGCCGGCGCGAGCGGCGCGAGCGGGACGCUGGUCUUCAGCACCGGCACCUCCAAGACAGGCAACAGCGGCGCGAUCGAGAUCGGCACGGGGGCCGCGACCGCCGGGCGCGGCGGCGCGAUCAGCCUCGCCGUCGGCAGCGGCACGAGCGGCGCGGGCGGCGAGCUCGCGAUGGAGUCGGGCUCCUCGAGCGGCGCCACGGGCGGGGCGCUGAGCGUCCGCGGCGGCGCCGGCUCGGCGAAGAGCAGCGGCGCGGUCGUGGUGGCGACGGCGAACGCGGGAACCUCGGGCGCGAGCGGGCGGCUCGCCUUCAGCAGCGGGACGUCGAAGGCGGGCAACGGCGGGCCGUGCUGGUCGGGUCCGGCGCGGCGACGGCCGGCCGCGGCGGCUCCGUCCGGCUGGCGGUCGGCAGCGGCACGAGCGGCGCCGGCGGGGAGCUGGCGGUGGCCGCGGGGAGAAGCACGAUCGCGACGGGCGGGUCGGUCUCGGCGACGAGCGGCGAAGGCACGCAGACGAGCAGCGGAGCGGUCGCGAUCUCGACGCCAAACUCCGGCGCGAGCGGCGCGAGCGGCGUGCUGGUCUUCAGCUCCGGGUCGGCCCGCGGCGGAAACACGGGCGCGAUCCGCGUCGGGACCGGGGCCGCGACCGCCGGGCGGGGCGGCGGGGUCUCGAUCUCGGUCGGCAGCGGCACGAGCGGCGCCGGCGGCGCCCUGAGCGCGGCCGGCGGACGGAGCGCCGGGAAGACGGGCGGCGCGCUGGCGGUCGCGUCGGGCGAGGGCGCGGCGACGAGUGGCGGACGGGUCGCGGUGCGGAGCGCCAACGGCGGAACGGGCGGCACGAGCGGACGACUGAGCUUUAGCUCCGGCUCCUCGACGACGGGCAACUCUGGCGAGCUCCGGCUCGGCUCCGGGGCCGCCACCGCGGGCCGCGGCGGCGGCGUUGUGGUGGGCGUCGGCGGCGGCACGAGCGGCGCCGGCGGCGCUCUCGAGGCAAUCAGCGGACGAAGCACGGUCGCGACGGGCGGCGCGGUCGCCCUCCGCGGCGGAGAGGGCACGCAGACGUCGAGCGGGGCGGUCAGGCUGGCCACGGCAAACGCCGGCGCGAGCGGCGCGAGCGGGACGCUGGUCUUCAGCACCGGCACCUCAAGACAGGCAACAGCGGCGCGAUCGAGAUCGGCACGGGGGCCGCGACCGCCGGGCGCGGCGGCGCGAUCAGCCUCGCCGUCGGCAGCGGCACGAGCGGCGCGGGCGGCGAGCUCGCGAUGGAGUCGGGGUCCUCGAGCGGCGCCACGGGCGGGGCGCUGAGCGUCCGCGGCGGCGCCGGCUCGGCGAAGAGCAGCGGCGCGGUCGUGGUGGCGACGGCGAACGCGGGAACCUCGGGCGCGAGCGGGCGGCUCGCCUUCAGCAGCGGGACGUCGAAGGCGGGCAACGGCGGGGCCGUGCUGGUCGGGUCCGGCGCGGCGACGGCCGGCCGCGGCGGCUCCGUCCGGCUGGCGGUCGGCAGCGGCACGAGCGGCGCCGGCGGGGAGCUGGCGGUGGCCGCGGGGAGAAGCACGAUCGCGACGGGCGGGUCGGUCUCGGCGACGAGCGGCGAAGGCACGCAGACGAGCAGCGGAGCGGUCGCGAUCUCGACGCCAAACUCCGGCGCGAGCGGCGCGAGCGGCGUGCUGGUCUUCAGCUCCGGGUCGGCCCGCGGCGGAAACACGGGCGCGAUCCGCGUCGGGACCGGGGCCGCGACCGCCCGGGCGGGCGGCGGGGUCUCGAUCUCGGUCGGCAGCGGCACGAGCGGCGCCGGCGGCGCCCUGAGCGCGGCCGGCGGACGGAGCGCCGGGAAGACGGGCGGCGCGCUGGCGGUCGCGUCGGGCGAGGGCGCGGCGACGAGCGGCGGACGGGUCGCGGUGCGGAGCGCCAACGGCGGAACGGGCGGCACGAGCGGACGACUGAGCUUUAGCUCCGGCUCCUCGACGACGGGCAACUCUGGCGAGCUCCGGCUCGGCUCCGGGGCCGCCACCGCGGGCCGCGGCGGCGGCGUUGUGGUGGGCGUCGGCGGCGGCACGAGCGGCGCCGGCGGCGCUCUCGAGGCAAUCAGCGGACGAAGCACGGUCGCGACGGGCGGCGCGGUCGCCCUCCGCGGCGGAGAGGGCACGCAGACGUCGAGCGGGGCGGUCAGGCUGGCCACGGCAAACGCCGGCGCGAGCGGCGCGAGCGGGACGCUGGUCUUCAGCACCGGCACCUCCAAGACAGGCAACAGCGGCGCGAUCGAGAUCGGCACGGGGGCCGCGACCGCCGGGCGCGGCGGCGCGAUCAGCCUCGCCGUCGGCAGCGGCACGAGCGGCGCGGGCGGCGAGCUCGCGAUGGAGUCGGGCUCCUCGAGCGGCGCCACGGGCGGGGCGCUGAGCGUCCGCGGCGGCGCCGGCUCGGCGAAGAGCAGCGGCGCGGUCGUGGUGGCGACGGCGAACGCGGGAACCUCGGGCGCGAGCGGGCGGCUCGCCUUCAGCAGCGGGACGUCGAAGGCGGGCAACGGCGGGCCGUGCUGGUCGGGUCCGGCGCGGCGACGGCCGGCCGCGGCGGCUCCGUCCGGCUGGCGGUCGGCAGCGGCACGAGCGGCGCCGGCGGGGAGCUGGCGGUGGCCGCGGGGAGAAGCACGAUCGCGACGGGGCGGGUCGGUCUCGGCGACGAAGCGGCGAAGGCACGCAGACGAGCAGCGGAGCGGUCGCGAUCUCGACGCCAAACUCCGGCGCGAGCGGCGCGAGCGGCGUGCUGGUCUUCAGCUCCGGUCGGCCCGCGGCGGAAACACGGGCGCGAUCCGCGUCGGGACCGGGGCCGCGACCGCCGGGCGGGGCGGCGGGGUCUCGAUCUCGGUCGGCAGCGGCACGAGCGGCGCCGGCGGCGCCCUGAGCGCGGCCGGCGGACGGAGCGCCGGGAAGACGGGCGGCGCGCUGGCGGUCGCGUCGGGCGAGGGCGCGGCGACGAGCGGCGGACGGGUCGCGGUGCGGAGCGCCAACGGCGGAACGGGCGGCACGAGCGGACGACUGAGCUUUAGCUCCGGCUCCUCGACGACGGGCAACUCUGGCGAGCUCCGGCUCGGCUCCGGGGCCGCCACCGCGGGCCGGGGGCGCGUUGUCGUCGGCGUCGGCGGCGGCAUCGAGCGGCGCCGCGGCGCUCUCGCGCAAUCAGCGGACGAAGCACGGUCGCGACGGGCGGCGCGGUCGCCCUCCGCGGCGGAGAGGGCACGCAGACGUCGAGCGGGGCGGUCAGGCUGGCCACGGCAAACGCCGGGCGCCGAGCGGCGCGAGCGGGACGCUGGUCUUCAGCACCGGCACCUCCAAGACAGGCAACAGCGGCGCGAUCGAGAUCGGCACGGGGGCCGCGACCGCCGGGCGCGGCGGCGCGAUCAGCCUCGCCGUCGGCAGCGGCACGAGCGGCGCGGGCGGCGAGCUCGCGAUGGAGUCGGGUCCUCGAGCGGCGCCACGGGCGGGGCGCUGAGCGUCCGCGGCGGCGCCGGCUCGGCGAAGAGCAGCGGCGCGGUCGUGGUGGCGACGGCGAACGCGGGAACCUCGGGCGCGAGCGGGCGGCUCGCCUUCAGCAGCGGACGUCGAAGGCGGCAACGGCGGGGCCGUGCUGGUCGGGUCCGGCGCGGCGACGGCCGGCCGCGGCGGCUCCGUCCGGCUGGCGGUCGGCAGCGGCACGAGCGGCGCCGGCGGGGAGCUGGCGGUGGCCGCGGGGAGAAGCACGAUCGCGACGGGCGGGUCGGUCUCGGCGACGAAGCGGCGAAGGCACGCAGACGAGCAGCGGAGCGGUCGCGAUCUCGACGCCAAACUCCGGCGCGAGCGGCGCGAGCGGCGUGCUGGUCUUCAGCUCCGGGUCGGCCCGCGGCGGAAACACGGGCGCGAUCCGCGUCGGGACCGGGGCCGCGACCGCCGGGCGGGGCGGCGGGGUCUCGAUCUCGGUCGGCAGCGGCACGAGCGGCGCCGGCGGCGCCCUGAGCGCGGCCGGCGGACGGAGCGCCGGGAAGACGGGCGGCGCGCUGGCGGUCGCGUCGGGCGAGGGCGCGGCGACGAGCGGCGGACGGGUCGCGGUGCGGAGCGCCAACGGCGGAACGGGCGGCACGAGCGGACGACUGAGCUUUAGCUCCGGCUCCUCGACGACGGGCAACUCUGGCGAGCUCCGGCUCGGCUCCGGGCCGCCACCACCGCGGGCGCGGCGGCGGCGUUGUGGUGGGCGUCGGCCGGCGGCGGCACGAGCGGCGCCGGCGGCGCGCUCGAGGCAAUCAGCGGACGAAGCACGGUCGCGACGGGCGGCGCGGUCGCCCUCCGCGGCGGAGAGGGCACGCAGACGUCGAGCGGGCGGUCAGGCUGGCCACGGCAAACGCCGGGCGCGAGCGGCGCGAAGGGACGCUGGUCUUCAGCACCGGCACCUCAAGACAGGCAACAGCGGCGCGAUCGAGAUCGGCACGGGGCCGCGACCGCCGGGCGCGGCGGCGCGAUCAGCCUCGCCGUCGGCAGCGGCACGAGCGGCGCGGGCGGCGAGCUCGCGAUGGAGUCGGGCUCCUCGAGCGGCGCCACGGGCGGGGCGCUGAGCGUCCGCGGCGGCGCCGGCUCGGCGAAGAGCAGCGGCGCGGUCGUGGUGGCGACGGCGAACGCGGGAACCUCGGGCGCGAGCGGGCGGCUCGCCUUCAGCAGCGGGACGUCGAAGGCGGCAACGGCGGGGCCGUGCUGGUCGGGUCCGGCGCGGCGACGGCCGGCCGCGGCGGCUCCGUCCGGCUGGCGGUCGGCAGCGGCACGAGCGGCGCCGGCGGGGAGCUGGCGGUGGCCGCGGGGAGAAGCACGAUCGCGACGGGCGGGUCGGUCUCGGCGACGAAGCGGCGAAGGCACGCAGACGAGCAGCGGAGCGGUCGCGAUCUCGACGCCAAACUCCGGCGCGAGCGGCGCGAGCGGCGUGCUGGUCUUCAGCUCCGGGUCGGCCCGCGGCGGAAACACGGGCGCGAUCCGCGUCGGGACCGGGCCGCGACCGCCGGGCGGGGCGGCGGGGUCUCGAUCUCGGUCGGCAGCGGCACGAGCGGCGCCGGCGGCGCCCUGAGCGCGGCCGGCGGACGGAGCGCCGGGAAGACGGGCGGCGCGCUGGCGGUCGCGUCGGGCGAGGGCGCGGCGACGAAGCGGCGGACGGGUCGCGGUGCGGAGCGCCAACGGCGGAACGGGCGGCACGAGCGGACGACUGAGCUUUAGCCCGGCUCGACGACGGGCAACUCUGGCGAGCUCCGGCUCGGCUCCGGGGCCGCCACCGCGGCCGCGGCGGCGGCGCGUCGCGUCGCGGGCGCGGGCGGGCGGCGGCAUCGAGCGGCGCCGGCGGCGCUCGAGGCAAUCAGCGGACGAAGCACGGUCGCGACGGGCGGCGCGGUCGCCCUCCGCGGCGGAGAGGGCACGCAGACGUCGAGCGGGGCGGUCAGGCUGGCCACGGCAAACGCCGGGCGCGAGCGGCGCGAGCGGACGCUGGUCUUCAGCACCGGCACCUCCAAGACAGGCAACAGCGGCGCGAUCGAGAUCGGCACGGGGCCGCGACCGCCGGCCGCGGCGGCGCGAUCAGCCUCGCCGUCGGCAGCGGCACGAGCGGCGCGGGCGGCGAGCUCGCGAUGGAGUCGGGCUCCUCGAGCGGCGCCACGGGCGGGGCGCUGAGCGUCCGCGGCGGCGCCGGCUCGGCGAAGAGCAGCGGCGCGGUCGUGGUGGCGACGGCGAACGCGGGAACCUCGGGCGCGAGCGGGCGGCUCGCCUUCAGCAGCGGACGUCGAAGGCGGGCAACGGCGGGGCCGUGCUGGUCGGGUCCGGCGCGGCGACGGCCGGCCGCGGCGGCUCCGUCCGGCUGGCGGUCGGCAGCGGCACGAGCGGCGCCGGCGGGGAGCUGGCGGUGGCCGCGGGAGAAGCACGAUCGCGACGGGCGGGUCGGUCUCGGCGACGAAGCGGCGAAGGCACGCAGACGAGCAGCGGAGCGGUCGCGAUCUCGACGCCAAACUCCGGCGCGAGCGGCGCGAGCGGCGUGCUGGUCUUCAGCUCCGGGUCGGCCCGCGGCGGAAACACGGGCGCGAUCCGCGUCGGGACCGGGGCCGCGACCGCCGGGCGGGGCGGCGGGGUCUCGAUCUCGGUCGGCAGCGGCACGAGCGGCGCCGGCGGCGCCCUGAGCGCGGCCGGCGGACGGAGCGCCGGGAAGACGGGCGGCGCGCUGGCGGUCGCGUCGGGCGAGGGCGCGGCGACGAGCGGCGGACGGGUCGCGGUGCGGAGCGCCAACGGCGGAACGGGCGGCACGAGCGGACGACUGAGCUUUAGCUCCGGCUCCUCGACGACGGGCAACUCUGGCGAGCUCCGGCUCGGCUCCGGGGCCGCCACCGCGGGCCGCGGCGGCGGCGUUGUCGUCGGGCGGGCGGGGCGGCAUCGAGCGGCGCCGGCGGCGCUCGAGGCAAUCAGCGGACGAAGCACGGUCGCGACGGGCGGCGCGGUCGCCCUCCGCGGCGGAGAGGGCACGCAGACGUCGAGCGGGGCGGUCAGGCUGGCCACGGCAAACGCCGGCGCGAGCGGCGCGAGCGGGACGCUGGUCUUCAGCACCGGCACCUCCAAGACAGGCAACAGCGGCGCGAUCGAGAUCGGCACGGGGGCCGCGACCGCCGGGCGCGGCGGCGCGAUCAGCCUCGCCGUCGGCAGCGGCACGAGCGGCGCGGGCGGCGAGCUCGCGAUGGAGUCGGGCUCCUCGAGCGGCGCCACGGGCGGGGCGCUGAGCGUCCGCGGCGGCGCCGGCUCGGCGAAGAGCAGCGGCGCGGUCGUGGUGGCGACGGCGAACGCGGGAACCUCGGGCGCGAGCGGGCGGCUCGCCUUCAGCAGCGGGACGUCGAAGGCGGGCAACGGCGGGGCCGUGCUGGUCGGGUCCGGCGCGGCGACGGCCGGCCGCGGCGGCUCCGUCCGGCUGGCGGUCGGCAGCGGCACGAGCGGCGCCGGCGGGGAGCUGGCGGUGGCCGCGGGGAGAAGCACGAUCGCGACGGGCGGGUCGGUCUCGGCGACGAGCGGCGAAGGCACGCAGACGAGCAGCGGAGCGGUCGCGAUCUCGACGCCAAACUCCGGCGCGAGCGGCGCGAGCGGCGUGCUGGUCUUCAGCUCCGGGUCGGCCCGCGGCGGAAACACGGGCGCGAUCCGCGUCGGGACCGGGCCGCGACCGCCGGGCGGGGCGGCGGGGUCUCGAUCUCGGUCGGCAGCGGCACGAGCGGCGCCGGCGGCGCCCUGAGCGCGGCCGGCGGACGGAGCGCCGGGAAGACGGGCGGCGCGCUGGCGGUCGCGUCGGGGCGAGGGCGCGGCGACGAAGCGGCGGACGGGUCGCGGUGCGGAGCGCCAACGGCGGAACGGGCGGCACGAGCGGACGACUGAGCUUUAGCCCGGCCCUCGACGACGGGCAACUCUGGCGAGCUCCGGCUCGGCUCCGGGCCGCCACCGCUGGCCGCGGGCGGCGCGCGUUGUCGCCGGGCGCCGGGCGGCGGCAUCGAGCGGCGCCGGGGGCGGCGCUCUCGAGGCAAUCAGCGGACGAAGCACGGUCGCGACGGGCGGCGCGGUCGCCCUCCGCGGCGGAGAGGGCACGCAGACGUCGAGCGGGGCGGUCAGGCUGGCCACGGCAAACGCCGGCGCGAGCGGCGCGAAGGGACGCUGGUCUUCAGCACCGGCACCUCCAAGACAGGCAACAGCGGCGCGAUCGAGAUCGGCACGGGGCCGCGACCGCCGGGCGCGGCGGCGCGAUCAGCCUCGCCGUCGGCAGCGGCACGAGCGGCGCGGGCGGCGAGCUCGCGAUGGAGUCGGGUCCUCGAGCGGCGCCACGGGCGGGGCGCUGAGCGUCCGCGGCGGCGCCGGCUCGGCGAAGAGCAGCGGCGCGGUCGUGGUGGCGACGGCGAACGCGGGAACCUCGGGCGCGAGCGGGCGGCUCGCCUUCAGCAGCGGGACGUCGAAGGCGGGCAACGGCGGGGCCGUGCUGGUCGGGUCCGGCGCGGCGACGGCCGGCCGCGGCGGCUCCGUCCGGCUGGCGGUCGGCAGCGGCACGAGCGGCGCCGGCGGGGGGCUGGCGGUGGCCGCGGGGAGAAGCACGAUCGCGACGGGCGGGUCGGUCUCGGCGACGAAGCGGCGAAGGCACGCAGACGAGCAGCGGAGCGGUCGCGAUCUCGACGCCAAACUCCGGCGCGAGCGGCGCGAGCGGCGUGCUGGUCUUCAGCUCCGGUCGGCCCGCGGCGGAAACACGGGCGCGAUCCGCGUCGGGACCGGGCCGCGACCGCCGGGCGGGGCGGCGGGGUCUCGAUCUCGGUCGGCAGCGGCACGAGCGGCGCCGGCGGCGCCCUGAGCGCGGCCGGCGGACGGAGCGCCGGGAAGACGGGCGGCGCGCUGGCGGUCGCGUCGGGGGCGAGGGCGCGGCGACGAAGCGGCGGACGGGUCGCGCGUGCGGAGCGCCAACGGCGGAACGGGCGGCACGAGCGGACGACUGAGCUUUAGCCCGGCUCCUCGACGACGGGCAACUCUGGCGAGCUCCGGCUCGGCUCCGGGGCCGCCACCGCGGGCCGCGGCGGCGGCGUUGUCGUCCGGGCGUCGGGCGGGCGGCGGCAUCGAGCGGCGCCGGGCGGCGCUCGAGGCAAUCAGCGGACGAAGCACGGUCGCGACGGGCGGCGCGGUCGCCCUCCGCGGCGGAGAGGGCACGCAGACGUCGAGCGGGGCGGUCAGGCUGGCCACGGCAAACGCCGGGCGCGAGCGGCGCGAAGGGACGCUGGUCUUCAGCACCGGCACCUCCAAGACAGGCAACAGCGGCGCGAUCGAGAUCGGCACGGGGCCGCGACCGCCGGGCGCGGCGGCGCGAUCAGCCUCGCCGUCGGCAGCGGCACGAAGCGGCGCGGGCGGCGAGCUCGCGAUGGAGUCGGGUCCUCGAGCGGCGCCACGGGCGGGGCGCUGAGCGUCCGCGGCGGCGCCGGCUCGGCGAAGAGCAGCGGCGCGGUCGUGGUGGCGACGGCGAACGCGGGAACCUCGGGCGCGAGCGGGCGGCUCGCCUUCAGCAGCGGGACGUCGAAGGCGGGCAACGGCGGGGCCGUGCUGGUCGGGUCCGGCGCGGCGACGGCCGGCCGCGGCGGCUCCGUCCGGCUGGCGGUCGGCAGCGGCACGAGCGGCGCCGGCGGGGGAGCUGGCGGUGGCCGCGGGAGAAGCACGAUCGCGACGGGCGGGUCGGUCUCGGCGACGAGCGGCGAAGGCACGCAGACGAGCAGCGGAGCGGUCGCGAUCUCGACGCCAAACUCCGGCGCGAGCGGCGCGAGCGGCGUGCUGGUCUUCAGCUCCGGGUCGGCCCGCGGCGGAAACACGGGCGCGAUCCGCGUCGGGACCGGGCCGCGACCGCCGGGCGGGGCGGCGGGGUCUCGAUCUCGGUCGGCAGCGGCACGAGCGGCGCCGGCGGCGCCCUGAGCGCGGCCGGCGGACGGAGCGCCGGGAAGACGGGCGGCGCGCUGGCGGUCGCGUCGGGCGAGGGCGCGCGCGCGACGAAGCGGCGGACGGGUCGCGGUGCGGAGCGCCAACGGCGGAACGGGCGGCACGAGCGGACGACUGAGCUUUAGCUCCGGCUCCUCGACGACGGGCAACUCUGGCGAGCUCCGGCUCGGCUCCGGGCCGCCACCGCGGGCCGCGGGCGGCGGCGGCGUUGCGUCGGCGUCGGCGGGCGGCGGCACGAGCGGCGCCGGCGGCGCGCUCUCGAGGCAAUCAGCGGACGAAGCACGGUCGCGACGGGCGGCGCGGUCGCCCUCCGCGGCGGAGAGGGCACGCAGACGUCGAGCGGGCGGUCAGGCUGGCCACGGCAAACGCCGGCGCGAGCGGCGCGAGCGGGACGCUGGUCUUCAGCACCGGCACCUCCAAGACAGGCAACAGCGGCGCGAUCGAGAUCGGCACGGGGGCCGCGACCGCCGGGCGCGGCGGCGCGAUCAGCCUCGCCGUCGGCAGCGGCACGAGCGGCGCGGGGCGGCGAGCUCGCGAUGGAGUCGGGUCCUCGAGCGGCGCCACGGGCGGGGCGCUGAGCGUCCGCGGCGGCGCCGGCUCGGCGAAGAGCAGCGGCGCGGUCGUGGUGGCGACGGCGAACGCGGGAACCUCGGGCGCGAGCGGGCGGCUCGCCUUCAGCAGCGGGACGUCGAAGGCGGGCAACGGCGGGGCCGUGCUGGUCGGGUCCGGCGCGGCGACGGCCGGCCGCGGCGGCUCCGUCCGGCUGGCGGUCGGCAGCGGCACGAGCGGCGCCGGCGGGGAGCUGGCGGUGGCCGCGGGGAGAAGCACGAUCGCGACGGGCGGGUCGGUCUCGGCGACGAGCGGCGAAGGCACGCAGACGAGCAGCGGAGCGGUCGCGAUCUCGACGCCAAACUCCGGCGCGAGCGGCGCGAGCGGCGUGCUGGUCUUCAGCUCCGGUCGGCCCGCGGCGGAAACACGGGCGAUCCGCGUCGGGACCGGGGCCGCGACCGCCGGGCGGGGCGGCGGGGUCUCGAUCUCGGUCGGCAGCGGCACGAGCGGCGCCGGCGGCGCCCUGAGCGCGGCCGGCGGACGGAGCGCCGGGAAGACGGGCGGCGCGCUGGCGGUCGCGUCGGGCGAGGGCGCGGCGACGAGCGGCGGACGGGUCGCGGUGCGGAGCGCCAACGGCGGAACGGGCGGCACGAGCGGACGACUGAGCUUUAGCUCCGGCUCCUCGACGACGGGCAACUCUGGCGAGCUCCGGCUCGGCUCCGGGGCCGCCACCGCGGGCCGCGGCGGCGGCGUCGUCGUCGGCGUCGGCGGCGGCACGAGCGGCGCCGGCGGCGCUCUCGAGGCAAUCAGCGGACGAAGCACGGUCGCGACGGGCGGCGCGGUCGCCCUCCGCGGCGGAGAGGGCACGCAGACGUCGAGCGGGGCGGUCAGGCUGGCCACGGCAAACGCCGGCGCGAGCGGCGCGAGCGGGACGCUGGUCUUCAGCACCGGCACCUCCAAGACAGGCAACAGCGGCGCGAUCGAGAUCGGCACGGGGGCCGCGACCGCCGGGCGCGGCGGCGCGAUCAGCCUCGCCGUCGGCAGCGGCACGAGCGGCGCGGGCGGCGAGCUCGCGAUGGAGUCGGGGUCCUCGAGCGGCGCCACGGGCGGGGCGCUGAGCGUCCGCGGCGGCGCCGGCUCGGCGAAGAGCAGCGGCGCGGUCGUGGUGGCGACGGCGAACGCGGGAACCUCGGGCGCGAGCGGGCGGCUCGCCUUCAGCAGCGGGACGUCGAAGGCGGGCAACGGCGGGGCCGUGCUGGUCGGGUCCGGCGCGGCGACGGCCGGCCGCGGCGGCUCCGUCCGGCUGGCGGUCGGCAGCGGCACGAGCGGCGCCGGCGGGGAGCUGGCGGUGGCCGCGGGGAGAAGCACGAUCGCGACGGGCGGGUCGGUCUCGGCGACGAGCGGCGAAGGCACGCAGACGAGCAGCGGAGCGGUCGCGAUCUCGACGCCAAACUCCGGCGCGAGCGGCGCGAGCGGCGUGCUGGUCUUCAGCUCCGGGUCGGCCCGCGGCGGAAACACGGGCGCGAUCCGCGUCGGGACCGGGCCGCGACCGCCGGGCGGGGCGGCGGGGUCUCGAUCUCGGUCGGCAGCGGCACGAGCGGCGCCGGCGGCGCCCUGAGCGCGGCCGGCGGACGGAGCGCCGGGAAGACGGGCGGCGCGCUGGCGGUCGCGUCGGGCGAGGGCGCGGCGACGAGCGGCGGACGGGUCGCGGUGCGGAGCGCCAACGGCGGAACGGGCGGCACGAGCGGACGACUGAGCUUUAGCUCCGGCUCCUCGACGACGGGCAACUCUGGCGAGCUCCGGCUCGGCUCCGGGGCCGCCACCGCGGGCCGCGGCGGCGGCGUCGUCGUCGGCGUCGGCGGCGGCACGAGCGGCGCCGGCGGCGCUCUCGAGGCAAUCAGCGGACGAAGCACGGUCGCGACGGGCGGCGCGGUCGCCCUCCGCGGCGGAGAGGGCACGCAGACGUCGAGCGGGGCGGUCAGGCUGGCCACGGCAAACGCCGGCGCGAGCGGCGCGAGCGGGACGCUGGUCUUCAGCACCGGCACCUCCAAGACAGGCAACAGCGGCGCGAUCGAGAUCGGCACGGGGGCCGCGACCGCCGGGCGCGGCGGCGCGAUCAGCCUCGCCGUCGGCAGCGGCACGAGCGGCGCGGGCGGCGAGCUCGCGAUGGAGUCGGGCUCCUCGAGCGGCGCCACGGGCGGGGCGCUGAGCGUCCGCGGCGGCGCCGGCUCGGCGAAGAGCAGCGGCGCGGUCGUGGUGGCGACGGCGAACGCGGGAACCUCGGGCGCGAGCGGGCGGCUCGCCUUCAGCAGCGGGACGUCGAAGGCGGGCAACGGCGGGGCCGUGCUGGUCGGGUCCGGCGCGGCGACGGCCGGCCGCGGCGGCUCCGUCCGGCUGGCGGUCGGCAGCGGCACGAGCGGCGCCGGCGGGGAGCUGGCGGUGGCCGCGGGGAGAAGCACGAUCGCGACGGGCGGGUCGGUCUCGGCGACGAGCGGCGAAGGCACGCAGACGAGCAGCGGAGCGGUCGCGAUCUCGACGCCAAACUCCGGCGCGAGCGGCGCGAGCGGCGUGCUGGUCUUCAGCUCCGGGUCGGCCCGCGGCGGAAACACGGGCGCGAUCCGCGUCGGGACCGGGCCGCGACCGCCCGGGCGGGGCGGCGGGGUCUCGAUCUCGGUCGGCAGCGGCACGAGCGGCGCCGGCGGCGCCCUGAGCGCGGCCGGCGGACGGAGCGCCGGGAAGACGGGCGGCGCGCUGGCGGUCGUGUCGGGCGAGGGCGCGGCGACGAGCGGCGGACGGGUCGGGUCGCGGUGCGGAGCGCCAACGGCGGAACGGGCGGCACGAGCGGACGACUGAGCUUUAGCUCCGGCUCCUCGACGACGGGCAACUCUGGCGAGCUCCGGCUCGGCUCCGGGCCGCCACCGCGGCCGCGGCGGCGCGGCGUCGUCGUCGGCGUCGGGCGGCGGCAUCGAGCGGCGCCGGCGGCGCUCUCGAGGCAAUCAGCGGACGAAGCACGGUCGCGACGGGCGGCGCGGUCGCCCUCCGCGGCGGAGAGGGCACGCAGACGUCGAGCGGGCGGUCAGGCUGGCCACGGCAAACGCCCCGGCGCGGCGGCGCGAAGGGACGCUGGUCUUCAGCACCGGCACCUCAAGACAGGCAACAGCGGCGCGAUCGAGAUCGGCACGGGGCCGCGACCGCCGGGCGCGGCGGCGCGAUCAGCCUCGCCGUCGGCAGCGGCACGAGCGGCGCGGGCGGCGAGCUCGCGAUGGAGUCGGGCUCCUCGAGCGGCGCCACGGGCGGGGCGCUGAGCGUCCGCGGCGGCGCCGGCUCGGCGAAGAGCAGCGGCGCGGUCGUGGUGGCGACGGCGAACGCGGGAACCUCGGGCGCGAGCGGGCGGCUCGCCUUCAGCAGCGGGACGUCGAAGGCGGGCAACGGCGGGGCCGUGCUGGUCGGGUCCGGCGCGGCGACGGCCGGCCGCGGCGGCUCCGUCCGGCUGGCGGUCGGCAGCGGCACGAGCGGCGCCGGCGGGGAGCUGGCGGUGGCCGCGGGGAGAAGCACGAUCGCGACGGGCGGGUCGGUCUCGGCGACGAGCGGCGAAGGCACGCAGACGAGCAGCGGAGCGGUCGCGAUCUCGACGCCAAACUCCGGCGCGAGCGGCGCGAGCGGCGUGCUGGUCUUCAGCUCCGGGUCGGCCCGCGGCGGAAACACGGGCGCGAUCCGCGUCGGGACCGGGGCCGCGACCGCCGGGCGGGGCGGCGGGGUCUCGAUCUCGGUCGGCAGCGGCACGAGCGGCGCCGGCGGCGCCCUGAGCGCGGCCGGCGGACGGAGCGCCGGGAAGACGGGCGGCGCGCUGGCGGUCGCGUCGGGCGAGGGCGCGGCGACGAGCGGCGGACGGGUCGCGGUGCGGAGCGCCAACGGCGGAACGGGCGGCACGAGCGGACGACUGAGCUUUAGCUCCGGCUCCUCGACGACGGGCAACUCUGGCGAGCUCCGGCUCGGCUCCGGGGCCGCCACCGCGGGCCGCGGCGGCGGCGUCGUCGUCGGCGUCGGCGGCGGCACGAGCGGCGCCGGCGGCGCUCUCGAGGCAAUCAGCGGACGAAGCACGGUCGCGACGGGCGGCGCGGUCGCCCUCCGCGGCGGAGAGGGCACGCAGACGUCGAGCGGGGCGGUCAGGCUGGCCACGGCAAACGCCGGGCGCGAGCGGCGCGAGCGGACGCUGGUCUUCAGCACCGGCACCUCAAGACAGGCAACAGCGGCGCGAUCGAGAUCGGCACGGGGGCCGCGACCGCCGGGCGCGGCGGCGCGAUCAGCCUCGCCGUCGGCAGCGGCACGAGCGGCGCGGGCGGCGAGCUCGCGAUGGAGUCGGGGUCCUCGAGCGGCGCCACGGGCGGGGCGCUGAGCGUCCGCGGCGGCGCCGGCUCGGCGAAGAGCAGCGGCGCGGUCGUGGUGGCGACGGCGAACGCGGGAACCUCGGGCGCGAGCGGGCGGCUCGCCUUCAGCAGCGGGACGUCGAAGGCGGGCAACGGCGGGGCGUGCUGGUCGGGUCCGGCGCGGCGACGGCCGGCCGCGGCGGCUCCGUCCGGCUGGCGGUCGGCAGCGGCACGAGCGGCGCCGGCGGGGAGCUGGCGGUGGCCGCGGGGAGAAGCACGAUCGCGACGGGCGGGUCGGUCUCGGCGACGAAGCGGCGAAGGCACGCAGACGAGCAGCGGAGCGGUCGCGAUCUCGACGCCAAACUCCGGCGCGAGCGGCGCGAGCGGCGUGCUGGUCUUCAGCUCCGGGUCGGCCCGCGGCGGAAACACGGGCGCGAUCCGCGUCGGGACCGGGGCCGCGACCGCCGGGCGGGGCGGCGGGGUCUCGAUCUCGGUCGGCAGCGGCACGAGCGGCGCCGGCGGCGCCCUGAGCGCGGCCGGCGGACGGAGCGCCGGGAAGACGGGCGGCGCGCUGGCGGUCGCGUCGGGCGAGGGCGCGGCGACGAGCGGCGGACGGGUCGCGGUGCGGAGCGCCAACGGCGGAACGGGCGGCACGAGCGGACGACUGAGCUUUAGCUCCGGCUCCUCGACGACGGGCAACUCUGGCGAGCUCCGGCUCGGCUCCGGGCCGCCACCGCGGGCCGCGGCGGCGGCGCGUCGUCGCCGGCGUCGGGCGGCGGCGGCAUCGACGGCGCCCGGCGGCGCUCUCGAGGCAAUCAGCGGACGAAGCACGGUCGCGACGGGCGGCGCGGUCGCCCUCCGCGGCGGAGAGGGCACGCAGACGUCGAGCGGGGCGGUCAGGCUGGCCACGGCAAACGCCGGGCGCCGAGCGGCGCGAGCGGACGCUGGUCUUCAGCACCGGCACCUCAAGACAGGCAACAGCGGCGCGAUCGAGAUCGGCACGGGGCCGCGACCGCCGGGCGCGGCGGCGCGAUCAGCCUCGCCGUCGGCAGCGGCACGAAGCGGCGCGGGCGGCGAGCUCGCGAUGGAGUCGGGUCCUCGAGCGGCGCCACGGGCGGGGCGCUGAGCGUCCGCGGCGGCGCCGGCUCGGCGAAGAGCAGCGGCGCGGUCGUGGUGGCGACGGCGAACGCGGGAACCUCGGGCGCGAGCGGGCGGCUCGCCUUCAGCAGCGGGACGUCGAAGGCGGGCAACGGCGGGCCGUGCUGGUCGGGUCCGGCGCGGCGACGGCCGGCCGCGGCGGCUCCGUCCGGCUGGCGGUCGGCAGCGGCACGAGCGGCGCCGGCGGGGAGCUGGCGGUGGCCGCGGGGAGAAGCACGAUCGCGACGGGCGGGUCGGUCUCGGCGACGAGCGGCGAAGGCACGCAGACGAGCAGCGGAGCGGUCGCGAUCUCGACGCCAAACUCCGGCGCGAGCGGCGCGAGCGGCGUGCUGGUCUUCAGCUCCGGUCGGCCCGCGGCGGAAACACGGGCGCGAUCCGUCGGGACCGGGGCCGCGACCGCCCGGGGCGGGGCGGCGGGGUCUCGAUCUCGGUCGGCAGCGGCACGAGCGGCGCCGGCGGCGCCCUGAGCGCGGCCGGCGGACGGAGCGCCGGGAAGACGGGCGGCGCGCUGGCGGUCGCGUCGGGCGAGGGCGCGGCGACGAAGCGGCGGACGGGUCGCGGUGCGGAGCGCCAACGGCGGAACGGGCGGCACGAGCGGACGACUGAGCUUUAGCUCCGGCUCCUCGACGACGGGCAACUCUGGCGAGCUCCGGCUCGGCUCCGGGCCGCCACCGCUGGCGCCGGCGGCGGCGGCGUUGUCGUCGGCGUCGGGCGGCGGCAUCGAGCGGCGCCAGCGGCGCUCUCGAGGCAAUCAGCGGACGAAGCACGGUCGCGACGGGCGGCGCGGUCGCCCUCCGCGGCGGAGAGGGCACGCAGACGUCGAGCGGGGCGGUCAGGCUGGCCACGGCAAACGCCGGCGCGAGCGGCGCGAGCGGGACGCUGGUCUUCAGCACCGGCACCUCCAAGACAGGCAACAGCGGCGCGAUCGAGAUCGGCACGGGGGCCGCGACCGCCGGGCGCGGCGGCGCGAUCAGCCUCGCCGUCGGCAGCGGCACGAGCGGCGCGGGCGGCGAGCUCGCGAUGGAGUCGGGGUCCUCGAGCGGCGCCACGGGCGGGGCGCUGAGCGUCCGCGGCGGCGCCGGCUCGGCGAAGAGCAGCGGCGCGGUCGUGGUGGCGACGGCGAACGCGGGAACCUCGGGCGCGAGCGGGCGGCUCGCCUUCAGCAGCGGACGUCGAAGGCGGGCAACGGCGGGGCCGUGCUGGUCGGGUCCGGCGCGGCGACGGCCGGCCGCGGCGGCUCCGUCCGGCUGGCGGUCGGCAGCGGCACGAGCGGCGCCGGCGGGGAGCUGGCGGUGGCCGCGGGGAGAAGCACGAUCGCGACGGGCGGGUCGGUCUCGGCGACGAAGCGGCGAAGGCACGCAGACGAGCAGCGGAGCGGUCGCGAUCUCGACGCCAAACUCCGGCGCGAGCGGCGCGAGCGGCGUGCUGGUCUUCAGCUCCGGUCGGCCCGCGGCGGAAACACGGGCGCGAUCCGCGUCGGGACCGGGCCGCGACCGCCGGGCGGGCGGCGGGGUCUCGAUCUCGGUCGGCAGCGGCACGAGCGGCGCCGGCGGCGCCCUGAGCGCGGCCGGCGGACGGAGCGCCGGGAAGACGGGCGGCGCGCUGGCGGUCGCGUCGGGCGAGGGCGCGGCGACGAGCGGCGGACGGGUCGCGGUGCGGAGCGCCAACGGCGGAACGGGCGGCACGAGCGGACGACUGAGCUUUAGCUCCGGCUCCUCGACGACGGGCAACUCUGGCGAGCUCCGGCUCGGCUCCGGGGCCGCCACCGCGGGCCGCGGCGGCGGCGUUGUCGUCGGCGUCGGCGGCGGCACGAGCGGCGCCGGCGGCGCUCUCGAGGCAAUCAGCGGACGAAGCACGGUCGCGACGGGCGGCGCGGUCGCCCUCCGCGGCGGAGAGGGCACGCAGACGUCGAGCGGGGCGGUCAGGCUGGCCACGGCAAACGCCGGCGCGAGCGGCGCGAGCGGGACGCUGGUCUUCAGCACCGGCACCUCCAAGACAGGCAACAGCGGCGCGAUCGAGAUCGGCACGGGGGCCGCGACCGCCGGGCGCGGCGGCGCGAUCAGCCUCGCCGUCGGCAGCGGCACGAGCGGCGCGGGCGGCGAGCUCGCGAUGGAGUCGGGCUCCUCGAGCGGCGCCACGGGCGGGGCGCUGAGCGUCCGCGGCGGCGCCGGCUCGGCGAAGAGCAGCGGCGCGGUCGUGGUGGCGACGGCGAACGCGGGAACCUCGGGCGCGAGCGGGCGGCUCGCCUUCAGCAGCGGGACGUCGAAGGCGGGCAACGGCGGGGCCGUGCUGGUCGGGUCCGGCGCGGCGACGGCCGGCCGCGGCGGCUCCGUCCGGCUGGCGGUCGGCAGCGGCACGAGCGGCGCCGGCGGGGAGCUGGCGGUGGCCGCGGGGAGAAGCACGAUCGCGACGGGCGGGUCGGUCUCGGCGACGAAGCGGCGAAGGCACGCAGACGAGCAGCGGAGCGGUCGCGAUCUCGACGCCAAACUCCGGCGCGAGCGGCGCGAGCGGCGUGCUGGUCUUCAGCUCCGGGUCGGCCCGCGGCGGAAACACGGGCGCGAUCCGCGUCGGGACCGGGGCCGCGACCGCCGGGCGGGGCGGCGGGGUCUCGAUCUCGGUCGGCAGCGGCACGAGCGGCGCCGGCGGCGCCCUGAGCGCGGCCGGCGGACGGAGCGCCGGGAAGACGGGCGGCGCGCUGGCGGUCGCGUCGGGCGAGGGCGCGGCGACGAGCGGCGGACGGGUCGCGGUGCGGAGCGCCAACGGCGGAACGGGCGGCACGAGCGGACGACUGAGCUUUAGCUCCGGCUCCUCGACGACGGGCAACUCUGGCGAGCUCCGGCUCGGCUCCGGGGCCGCCACCGCGGGCCGCGGCGGCGGCGUUGUCGUCGGCGUCGGCGGCGGCACGAGCGGCGCCGGCGGCGCUCUCGAGGCAAUCAGCGGACGAAGCACGGUCGCGACGGGCGGCGCGGUCGCCCUCCGCGGCGGAGAGGGCACGCAGACGUCGAGCGGGGCGGUCAGGCUGGCCACGGCAAACGCCGGCGCGAGCGGCGCGAGCGGGACGCUGGUCUUCAGCACCGGCACCUCCAAGACAGGCAACAGCGGCGCGAUCGAGAUCGGCACGGGGCCGCGACCGCCGGGCGCGGCGGCGCGAUCAGCCUCGCCGUCGGCAGCGGCACGAAGCGGCGCGGGCGCGCGAGCUCGCGAUGGAGUCGGGUCCUCGAGCGGCGCCCACGGGCGGGGCGCUGAGCGUCCGCGGCGGCGCCGGCUCGGCGAAGAGCAGCGGCGCGGUCGUGGUGGCGACGGCGAACGCGGGAACCUCGGGCGCGAGCGGGCGGCUCGCCUUCAGCAGCGGGACGUCGAAGGCGGGCAACGGCGGGCCGUGCUGGUCGGGUCCGGCGCGGCGACGGCCGGCCGCGGCGGCUCCGUCCGGCUGGCGGUCGGCAGCGGCACGAGCGGCGCCGGCGGGGGAGCUGGCGGUGGCCGCGGGGAGAAGCACGAUCGCGACGGGCGGGUCGGUCUCGGCGACGAAGCGGCGAAGGCACGCAGACGAGCAGCGGAGCGGUCGCGAUCUCGACGCCAAACUCCGGCGCGAGCGGCGCGAGCGGCGUGCUGGUCUUCAGCUCCGGUCGGCCCGCGGCGGAAACACGGGCGCGAUCCGCGUCGGGACCGGGGCCGCGACCGCCCGGGCGGGGGGCGGGGGGUCGAUCUCGGUCGGCAGCGGCACGAGCGGCGCCGGCGGCGCCCUGAGCGCGGCCGGCGGACGGAGCGCCGGAAGACGGGCGGCGCGCUGGCGGUCGCGUCGGGCGAGGGCGCGGCGACGAGCGGCGGACGGGUCGCGGUGCGGAGCGCCAACGGCGGAACGGGCGGCACGAGCGGACGACUGAGCUUUAGCUCCGGCUCCUCGACGACGGGCAACUCUGGCGAGCUCCGGCUCGGCUCCGGGCCGCCACCGCGGGCCGCGGGCGGCGGCGUCGUCGUCGGCGUCGGGCGGCGGCGGCAUCGAGCGGCGCGCCGGCGGCGCUCGAGGCAAUCAGCGGACGAAGCACGGUCGCGACGGGCGGCGCGGUCGCCCUCCGCGGCGGAGAGGGCACGCAGACGUCGAGCGGGGCGGUCAGGCUGGCCACGGCAAACGCCGGCGCGGCGGCGCGAAGGGACGCUGGUCUUCAGCACCGGCACCUCAAGACAGGCAACAGCGGCGCGAUCGAGAUCGGCACGGGGCCGCGACCGCCGGGCGCGGCGGCGCGAUCAGCCUCGCCGUCGGCAGCGGCACGCGCGCGCGGGCGGCGAGCUCGCGAUGGAGUCGGGCUCCUCGAGCGGCGCCACGGGCGGGGCGCUGAGCGUCCGCGGCGGCGCCGGCUCGGCGAAGAGCAGCGGCGCGGUCGUGGUGGCGACGGCGAACGCGGGAACCUCGGGCGCGAGCGGGCGGCUCGCCUUCAGCAGCGGGACGUCGAAGGCGGGCAACGGCGGGGGCCGUGCUGGUCGGGUCCGGCGCGGCGACGGCCGGCCGCGGCGGCUCCGUCCGGCUGGCGGUCGGCAGCGGCACGAGCGGCGCCGGCGGGGAGCUGGCGGUGGCCGCGGGGAGAAGCACGAUCGCGACGGGCGGGUCGGUCUCGGGCGACGAAGCGGCGAAGGCACGCAGACGAGCAGCGGAGCGGUCGCGAUCUCGACGCCAAACUCCGGCGCGAGCGGCGCGAGCGGCGUGCUGGUCUUCAGCUCCGGGUCGGCCCGCGGCGGAAACACGGGCGCGAUCCGCGUCGGGACCGGGCCGCGACCCCGGGCGGGCGGCGGGGUCUCGAUCUCGGUCGGCAGCGGCACGAGCGGCGCCGGCGGCGCCCUGAGCGCGGCCGGCGGACGGAGCGCCGGGAAGACGGGCGGCGCGCUGGCGGUCGCGUCGGGCGAGGGCGCGGCGACGAGCGGCGGACGGGUCGCGGUGCGGAGCGCCAACGGCGGAACGGGCGGCACGAGCGGACGACUGAGCUUUAGCUCCGGCUCCUCGACGACUGGCAACUCUGGCGAGCUCCGGCUCGGCUCCGGGGCCGCCACCGCGGGCCGCGGCGGCGGCGUUGUCGUCGGCGUCGGCGGCGGCACGAGCGGCGCCGGCGGCGCUCUCGAGGCAAUCAGCGGACGAAGCACGGUCGCGACGGGCGGCGCGGUCGCCCUCCGCGGCGGAGAGGGCACGCAGACGUCGAGCGGGGCGGUCAGGCUGGCCACGGCAAACGCCGGCGCGAGCGGCGCGAGCGGGACGCUGGUCUUCAGCACCGGCACCUCCAAGACAGGCAACAGCGGCGCGAUCGAGAUCGGCACGGGGGCCGCGACCGCCGGGCGCGGCGGCGCGAUCAGCCUCGCCGUCGGCAGCGGCACGAGCGGCGCGGGCGGCGAGCUCGCGAUGGAGUCGGGCUCCUCGAGCGGCGCCACGGGCGGGGCGCUGAGCGUCCGCGGCGGCGCCGGCUCGGCGAAGAGCAGCGGCGCGGUCGUGGUGGCGACGGCGAACGCGGGAACCUCGGGCGCGAGCGGGCGGCUCGCCUUCAGCAGCGGGACGUCGAAGGCGGGCAACGGCGGGGCCGUGCUGGUCGGGUCCGGCGCGGCGACGGCCGGCCGCGGCGGCUCCGUCCGGCUGGCGGUCGGCAGCGGCACGAGCGGCGCCGGCGGGGAGCUGGCGGUGGCCGCGGGGAGAAGCACGAUCGCGACGGGCGGGUCGGUCUCGGCGACGAGCGGCGAAGGCACGCAGACGAGCAGCGGAGCGGUCGCGAUCUCGACGCCAAACUCCGGCGCGAGCGGCGCGAGCGGCGUGCUGGUCUUCAGCUCCGGGUCGGCCCGCGGCGGAAACACGGGCGCGAUCCGCGUCGGGACCGGGCCGCGACCGCCGGGCGGGGCGGCGGGGUCUCGAUCUCGGUCGGCAGCGGCACGAGCGGCGCCGGCGGCGCCCUGAGCGCGGCCGGCGGACGGAGCGCCGGGAAGACGGGCGGCGCGCUGGCGGUCGCGUCGGGCGGGCGAGGGCGCGGCGACGAGCGGCGGACGGGUCGCGGUGCGGAGCGCCAACGGCGGAACGGGCGGCACGAGCGGACGACUGAGCUUUAGCUCCGGCUCCUCGACGACUGGCAACUCUGGCGAGCUCCGGCUCGGCUCCGGGCCGCCACCGCGGGCGCGCGGCGGCGGCGUUGUCGUCGGGCGUCGGGGGGCGGCACGAGCGCCGGCGGCGCUCUCGAGGCAAUCAGCGGACGAAGCACGGUCGCGACGGGCGGCGCGGUCGCCCUCCGCGGCGGAGAGGGCACGCAGACGUCGAGCGGGGCGGUCAGGCUGGCCACGGCAAACGCCAGCGCCGAGCGGCGCGAGGGACGCUGGUCUUCAGCACCGGCACCUCCAAGACAGGCAACAGCGGCGCGAUCGAGAUCGGCACGGGGCCGCGACCGCCGGGCGCGGCGGCGCGAUCAGCCUCGCCGUCGGCAGCGGCACGAAGCGGCGCGGGCGGCGAGCUCGCGAUGGAGUCGGGCUCCUCGAGCGGCGCCACGGGCGGGGCGCUGAGCGUCCGCGGCGGCGCCGGCUCGGCGAAGAGCAGCGGCGCGGUCGUGGUGGCGACGGCGAACGCGGGAACCUCGGGCGCGAGCGGGCGGCUCGCCUUCAGCAGCGGGACGUCGAAGGCGGGCAACGGCGGGGCCGUGCUGGUCGGGUCCGGCGCGGCGACGGCCGGCCGCGGCGGCUCCGUCCGGCUGGCGGUCGGCAGCGGCACGAGCGGCGCCGGCGGGGAGCUGGCGGUGGCCGCGGGGAGAAGCACGAUCGCGACGGGCGGGUCGGUCUCGGCGACGAGCGGCGAAGGCACGCAGACGAGCAGCGGAGCGGUCGCGAUCUCGACGCCAAACUCCGGCGCGAGCGGCGCGAGCGGCGUGCUGGUCUUCAGCUCCGGGUCGGCCCGCGGCGGAAACACGGGCGCGAUCCGCGUCGGGACCGGGGCCGCGACCGCCGGGCGGGGCGGCGGGGUCUCGAUCUCGGUCGGCAGCGGCACGAGCGGCGCCGGCGGCGCCCUGAGCGCGGCCGGCGGACGGAGCGCCGGGAAGACGGGCGGCGCGCUGGCGGUCGCGUCGGGCGAGGGCGCGGCGACGAGCGGCGGACGGGUCGCGGUGCGGAGCGCCAACGGCGGAACGGGCGGCACGAGCGGACGACUGAGCUUUAGCUCCGGCUCCUCGACGACGGGCAACUCUGGCGAGCUCCGGCUCGGCUCCGGGGCCGCCACCGCGGGCCGCGGCGGCGGCGUUGUCGUCGGCGUCGGCGGCGGCACGAGCGGCGCCGGCGGCGCUCUCGAGGCAAUCAGCGGACGAAGCACGGUCGCGACGGGCGGCGCGGUCGCCCUCCGCGGCGGAGAGGGCACGCAGACGUCGAGCGGGCGGUCAGGCUGGCCACGGCAAACGCCGGCGCGAGCGGCGCGAAGGGACGCUGGUCUUCAGCACCGGCACCUCAAGACAGGCAACAGCGGCGCGAUCGAGAUCGGCACGGGGCCGCGACCGCCGGGCGCGGCGGCGCGAUCAGCCUCGCCGUCGGCAGCGGCACGAGCGGCGCGGGCGGCGAGCUCGCGAUGGAGUCGGGCUCCUCGAGCGGCGCCACGGGCGGGGCGCUGAGCGUCCGCGGCGGCGCCGGCUCGGCGAAGAGCAGCGGCGCGGUCGUGGUGGCGACGGCGAACGCGGGAACCUCGGGCGCGAGCGGGCGGCUCGCCUUCAGCAGCGGACGUCGAAGGCGGGCAACGGCGGGCCGUGCUGGUCGGGUCCGGCGCGGCGACGGCCGGCCGCGGCGGCUCCGUCCGGCUGGCGGUCGGCAGCGGCACGAGCGGCGCCGGCGGGGGAGCUGGCGGUGGCCGCGGGGAGAAGCACGAUCGCGACGGGCGGGUCGGUCUCGGCGACGAAGCGGCGAAGGCACGCAGACGAGCAGCGGAGCGGUCGCGAUCUCGACGCCAAACUCCGGCGCGAGCGGCGCGAGCGGCGUGCUGGUCUUCAGCUCCGGGUCGGCCCGCGGCGGAAACACGGGCGCGAUCCGCGUCGGGACCGGGCCGCGACCGCCGGGCGGGGCGGCGGGGUCUCGAUCUCGGUCGGCAGCGGCACGAGCGGCGCCGGCGGCGCCCUGAGCGCGGCCGGCGGACGGAGCGCCGGGAAGACGGGCGGCGCGCUGGCGGUCGCGCGGGCGAGGGCGCGGCGACGAAGCGGCGGACGGGUCGCGGUGCGGAGCGCCAACGGCGGAACGGGCGGCACGAGCGGACGACUGAGCUUUAGCUCCGGCUCCUCGACGACGGGCAACUCUGGCGAGCUCCGGCUCGGCUCGGGGCCGCCACCGCUGGCCGCGGCGCGGCGGCGUCGUCGUCGGCGUCGGCGGCGGCACGAGCGGCGCCGGCGGCGCUCUCGAGGCAAUCAGCGGACGAAGCACGGUCGCGACGGGCGGCGCGGUCGCCCUCCGCGGCGGAGAGGGCACGCAGACGUCGAGCGGGGCGGUCAGGCUGGCCACGGCAAACGCCGGGCGCGAGCGGCGCGAAGGGACGCUGGUCUUCAGCACCGGCACCUCCAAGACAGGCAACAGCGGCGCGAUCGAGAUCGGCACGGGGCCGCGACCGCCGGGCGCGGCGGCGCGAUCAGCCUCGCCGUCGGCAGCGGCACGAGCGGCGCGGGCGGCGAGCUCGCGAUGGAGUCGGGCUCCUCGAGCGGCGCCACGGGCGGGGCGCUGAGCGUCCGCGGCGGCGCCGGCUCGGCGAAGAGCAGCGGCGCGGUCGUGGUGGCGACGGCGAACGCGGGAACCUCGGGCGCGAGCGGGCGGCUCGCCUUCAGCAGCGGGACGUCGAAGGCGGGCAACGGCGGGGCCGUGCUGGUCGGGUCCGGCGCGGCGACGGCCGGCCGCGGCGGCUCCGUCCGGCUGGCGGUCGGCAGCGGCACGAGCGGCGCCGGCGGGGAGCUGGCGGUGGCCGCGGGGAGAAGCACGAUCGCGACGGGCGGGUCGGUCUCGGCGACGAGCGGCGAAGGCACGCAGACGAGCAGCGGAGCGGUCGCGAUCUCGACGCCAAACUCCGGCGCGAGCGGCGCGAGCGGCGUGCUGGUCUUCAGCUCCGGGUCGGCCCGCGGCGGAAACACGGGCGCGAUCCGCGUCGGGACCGGGGCCGCGACCGCCGGGCGGGGCGGCGGGGUCUCGAUCUCGGUCGGCAGCGGCACGAGCGGCGCCGGCGGCGCCCUGAGCGCGGCCGGCGGACGGAGCGCCGGGAAGACGGGCGGCGCGCUGGCGGUCGCGUCGGGCGAGGGCGCGGCGACGAGCGGCGGACGGGUCGCGGUGCGGAGCGCCAACGGCGGAACGGGCGGCACGAGCGGACGACUGAGCUUUAGCUCCGGCUCCUCGACGACGGGCAACUCUGGCGAGCUCCGGCUCGGCUCCGGGGCCGCCACCGCGGGCCGCGGCGGCGGCGUCGUCGUCGGCGUCGGCGGCGGCACGAGCGGCGCCGGCGGCGCUCUCGAGGCAAUCAGCGGACGAAGCACGGUCGCGACGGGCGGCGCGGUCGCCCUCCGCGGCGGAGAGGGCACGCAGACGUCGAGCGGGGCGGUCAGGCUGGCCACGGCAAACGCCGGCGCGAGCGGCGCGAGCGGGACGCUGGUCUUCAGCACCGGCACCUCCAAGACAGGCAACAGCGGCGCGAUCGAGAUCGGCACGGGGGCCGCGACCGCCGGGCGCGGCGGCGCGAUCAGCCUCGCCGUCGGCAGCGGCACGAAGCGGCGCGGGCGGCGAGCUCGCGAUGGAGUCGGGCUCCUCGAAGCGGCGCCACGGGCGGGGCGCUGAGCGUCCGCGGCGGCGCCGGCUCGGCGAAGAGCAGCGGCGCGGUCGUGGUGGCGACGGCGAACGCGGGAACCUCGGGCGCGAAGCGGCGGCUCGCCUUCAGCAGCGGGACGUCGAAGGCGGGCAACGGCGGGGCCGUGCUGGUCGGGUCCGGCGCGGCGACGGCCGGCCGCGGCGGCUCCGUCCGGCUGGCGGUCGGCAGCGGCACGAGCGGCGCCGGCGGGGAGCUGGCGGUGGCCGCGGGGAGAAGCACGAUCGCGACGGGCGGGUCGGUCUCGGCGACGAAGCGGCGAAGGCACGCAGACGAGCAGCGGAGCGGUCGCGAUCUCGACGCCAAACUCCGGCGCGAGCGGCGCGAGCGGCGUGCUGGUCUUCAGCUCCGGGUCGGCCCGCGGCGGAAACACGGGCGCGAUCCGCGUCGGGACCGGGCCGCGACCGCCGGGCGGGGGCGGCGGGGUCUCGAUCUCGGUCGGCAGCGGCACGAGCGGCGCCGGCGGCGCCCUGAGCGCGGCCGGCGGACGGAGCGCCGGGAAGACGGGCGGCGCGCUGGCGGUCGCGUCGGGCGAGGGCGCGGCGACGAAGCGGCGGACGGGUCGCGGUGCGGAGCGCCAACGGCGGAACGGGCGGCACGAGCGGACGACUGAGCUUUAGCUCCGGCUCCUCGACGACGGGCAACUCUGGCGAGCUCCGGCUCGGCUCCGGGCCGCCACCGCGGGCCGCGGGCGGCGGCGUUGUCGCCGGCGUCGGGCGGCGGCACGAGCGGCGCCGGCGGCGCUCUCGAGGCAAUCAGCGGACGAAGCACGGUCGCGACGGGCGGCGCGGUCGCCCUCCGCGGCGGAGAGGGCACGCAGACGUCGAGCGGGGCGGUCAGGCUGGCCACGGCAAACGCCGGCGCGAGCGGCGCGAGCGGGACGCUGGUCUUCAGCACCGGCACCUCCAAGACAGGCAACAGCGGCGCGAUCGAGAUCGGCACGGGGGCCGCGACCGCCGGGCGCGGCGGCGCGAUCAGCCUCGCCGUCGGCAGCGGCACGAGCGGCGCGGGCGGCGAGCUCGCGAUGGAGUCGGGCUCCUCGAGCGGCGCCACGGGCGGGGCGCUGAGCGUCCGCGGCGGCGCCGGCUCGGCGAAGAGCAGCGGCGCGGUCGUGGUGGCGACGGCGAACGCGGGAACCUCGGGCGCGAAGCGGCGGCUCGCCUUCAGCAGCGGGACGUCGAAGGCGGGCAACGGCGGGGCCGUGCUGGUCGGGUCCGGCGCGGCGACGGCCGGCCGCGGCGGCUCCGUCCGGCUGGCGGUCGGCAGCGGCACGAGCGGCGCCGGCGGGGAGCUGGCGGUGGCCGCGGGAGAAGCACGAUCGCGACGGGCGGGUCGGUCUCGGCGACGAAGCGGCGAAGGCACGCAGACGAGCAGCGGAGCGGUCGCGAUCUCGACGCCAAACUCCGGCGCGAGCGGCGCGAGCGGCGUGCUGGUCUUCAGCUCCGGGUCGGCCCGCGGCGGAAACACGGGCGCGAUCCGCGUCGGGACCGGGGCCGCGACCGCCGGGCGGGGCGGCGGGGUCUCGAUCUCGGUCGGCAGCGGCACGAGCGGCGCCGGCGGCGCCCUGAGCGCGGCCGGCGGACGGAGCGCCGGGAAGACGGGCGGCGCGCUGGCGGUCGCGUCGGGCGAGGGCGCGGCGACGAGCGGCGGACGGGUCGCGGUGCGGAGCGCCAACGGCGGAACGGGCGGCACGAGCGGACGACUGAGCUUUAGCUCCGGCUCCUCGACGACGGGCAACUCUGGCGAGCUCCGGCUCGGCUCCGGGGCCGCCACCGCGGGCCGCGGCGGCGGCGUUGUCGUCGGCGUCGGCGGCGGCACGAGCGGCGCCGGCGGCGCUCUCGAGGCAAUCAGCGGACGAAGCACGGUCGCGACGGGCGGCGCGGUCGCCCUCCGCGGCGGAGAGGGCACGCAGACGUCGAGCGGGGCGGUCAGGCUGGCCACGGCAAACGCCGGCGCGAGCGGCGCGAGCGGGACGCUGGUCUUCAGCACCGGCACCUCCAAGACAGGCAACAGCGGCGCGAUCGAGAUCGGCACGGGGGCCGCGACCGCCGGGCGCGGCGGCGCGAUCAGCCUCGCCGUCGGCAGCGGCACGAGCGGCGCGGGCGGCGAGCUCGCGAUGGAGUCGGGGUCCUCGAGCGGCGCCACGGGCGGGGCGCUGAGCGUCCGCGGCGGCGCCGGCUCGGCGAAGAGCAGCGGCGCGGUCGUGGUGGCGACGGCGAACGCGGGAACCUCGGGCGCGAGCGGGCGGCUCGCCUUCAGCAGCGGGACGUCGAAGGCGGGCAACGGCGGGGCCGUGCUGGUCGGGUCCGGCGCGGCGACGGCCGGCCGCGGCGGCUCCGUCCGGCUGGCGGUCGGCAGCGGCACGAGCGGCGCCGGCGGGGAGCUGGCGGUGGCCGCGGGGAGAAGCACGAUCGCGACGGGCGGGUCGGUCUCGGCGACGAGCGGCGAAGGCACGCAGACGAGCAGCGGAGCGGUCGCGAUCUCGACGCCAAACUCCGGCGCGAGCGGCGCGAGCGGCGUGCUGGUCUUCAGCUCCGGGUCGGCCCGCGGCGGAAACACGGGCGCGAUCCGCGUCGGGACCGGGGCCGCGACCGCCGGGCGGGGCGGCGGGGUCUCGAUCUCGGUCGGCAGCGGCACGAGCGGCGCCGGCGGCGCCCUGAGCGCGGCCGGCGGACGGAGCGCCGGGAAGACGGGCGGCGCGCUGGCGGUCGCGUCGGGCGAGGGCGCGGCGACGAGCGGCGGACGGGUCGCGGUGCGGAGCGCCAACGGCGGAACGGGCGGCACGAGCGGACGACUGAGCUUUAGCUCCGGCUCCUCGACGACGGGCAACUCUGGCGAGCUCCGGCUCGGCUCCGGGCCGCCACCGCGGGCCGCGGGCGCGGCGCGCGUUGUCGCCGGCGUCGGGCGGCGGCACGAGCGGCGCCGGGCGGCGCUCUCGCGCAAUCAGCGGACGAAGCACGGUCGCGACGGGCGGCGCGGUCGCCCUCCGCGGCGGAGAGGGCACGCAGACGUCGAGCGGGGCGGUCAGGCUGGCCACGGCAAACGCCGGCGCGAGCGGCGCGAGCGGGACGCUGGUCUUCAGCACCGGCACCUCCAAGACAGGCAACAGCGGCGCGAUCGAGAUCGGCACGGGGGCCGCGACCGCCGGGCGCGGCGGCGCGAUCAGCCUCGCCGUCGGCAGCGGCACGAGCGGCGCGGGCGGCGAGCUCGCGAUGGAGUCGGGGUCCUCGAGCGGCGCCACGGGCGGGGCGCUGAGCGUCCGCGGCGGCGCCGGCUCGGCGAAGAGCAGCGGCGCGGUCGUGGUGGCGACGGCGAACGCGGGAACCUCGGGCGCGAGCGGCGGCUCGCCUUCAGCAGCGGGACGUCGAAGGCGGGCAACGGCGGGGCCGUGCUGGUCGGGUCCGGCGCGGCGACGGCCGGCCGCGGCGGCUCCGUCCGGCUGGCGGUCGGCAGCGGCACGAGCGGCGCCGGCGGGGAGCUGGCGGUGGCCGCGGGGAGAAGCACGAUCGCGACGGGCGGGUCGGUCUCGGCGACGAGCGGCGAAGGCACGCAGACGAGCAGCGGAGCGGUCGCGAUCUCGACGCCAAACUCCGGCGCGAGCGGCGCGAGCGGCGUGCUGGUCUUCAGCUCCGGGUCGGCCCGCGGCGGAAACACGGGCGCGAUCCGCGUCGGGACCGGGGCCGCGACCGCCGGGCGGGGCGGCGGGGUCUCGAUCUCGGUCGGCAGCGGCACGAGCGGCGCCGGGGGGGCGGUAGCCACAUUAGGGGGUCAGUCGAUGAAAAAGACAGGUGGUUCUAUCAUUUUGAGCAGUGGCAAAGGUACGCAGUCGUCAAGUGGCGCAGUCAUAAUCGCCACGAUAAAUGGUGGGGCCGUCGGGACCAGUGGUUGUCUUGCUUUCAGCACUGGCACUACUAAGAGCGGCAACUCUGGAGCUAUUCUCAUCGGCAGUGGAACAGCCACUGCAGGUCGUGGUGGGGAUGUUCAUGUAGCUGUUGGCAGCGGCACUUCAGGUACGGGUGGCAAGUUGCAACUUCAGGCAGGAUGUAGUACAGUUGCUACAGGAGGCCUUAUCAACAUGUACAGUGGAGAGAACUCUGCAAGAAGCAGCGGUCAAAUUACGAUCAGAACAUCGAACUCGGGCACUACAGGGUCAUCUGGGUGUAUUUUGCUCUCCACUGGUGGCUCAACUUCGGGUAAUAGUGGAUCAAUCACCUUGAGUAGUGGUGUGGCGACUGCAGGUCGAGGUGGUGCAAUUUCACUCACUGUUGGCGCUGGUGAUAGUGGCACGGGUGGAAUGCUAUUGAUGACAGCAGGUCAGACUUCCGCAGCUGGAGCAACUGGUGGCAGUGCAUGCAUAAAUGGAGGGUCGAGUUCUACGGGCGGGAUCGGCGGAGCUGUAUUUGUGCGUGGCGGAUCAAGCACUUCUGGUACGGGUGGGCUUGUCCUUAUCAGAGGUGGGGAGGGACAAGCUACAAGCAGUGGUGCCGUUUUGAUUUUCUCUGCGAACAGUGGUUCAACAGGCACAACGGGCCGACUGGUAUUUAGCUCUGGUACAUCAAAAAUGGGCAACAGCGGCGCCCUGCUUUUUGGUUCUGGCACAGCCACGGGGGGUAGCGGAGGAACUGCUUCUGCCGCAGUUGGUAGCGGCACAAGUGGGAUUGGUGGUCAAUUACAUUUUAAAUCGGGCCGGAGCACGGCUGCGAGUGGGGGGGGGCUCUCUUUGGCCAGUGGCGAGGGUACACAGACGAGCAGCGGAACCAUAGUAAUCCAAACAGCUAACUCUGGCGCCCAAGGUACAAGUGGGGCACUGGUCUUUAGCUCGGGCUCUGCCUGUGGUGGCAAUACUGGCACGAUUCUCAUUGGAAGCGCAGCAGCAACUACAGGACGGAGCGGUGGGAUAGUCAUUUCAGUAGGUAGUGGAAGUAGCGGUUCUGGUGGAUCAAUUUCACUCGCAGCAGGCCGUAGUAUUGUAAAGACUGGUGGCAUGAUGGUGAUGGCGUCGGGCGAAGGCACAGGAAAGAGCAGUGGGCAAGUAGUACUACGAAGCGUAAAUAGCGGAACGAGUGGAGUGAGUGGGCACUUGAGCUUCAGUUCUGGGUGUUCAGCAGAGGGAAAUUCUGGUGCCCUGUUACUGGGGUCUGGCGCAGCGACAGGUGGUCGUGGUGGCAGCGUUCGCAUAGCAGUGGGUAGUGGUACUAGUGGUACCGGUGGUCAUUUGUCCUUCGGCUCAGGAAGAAGCACUGUUGCGACAGGCGGUCUAAUAUGCAUGCAGUCAGGAGAGGGUACAGCAACAUCAAGUGGUGCCAUCAUUGUAAAGACUGCAAAUGCUGGCGUUGCUGGCUCAACUGGGCGGCUGAUUUUCAGCUCAGGGAGUUCAAAGGAUGGAAACAGCGGAGCAAUCAUUAUAGGGUCUGGUGCUGCUACGGGAGGCCGAGGUGGAGAUAUUAAUUUUGAGGUUGGUUCUGGGACAAGCGGAAGCGGAGGCGCAAUAGCUCUCACGGCGGGACGGUCCACACAUUCUUCCGGUGGCAGAGUUGUAAUAUGUAGCGGAGAAGGCACGCAAGGAUCGAGUGGUGCAAUUUUCUUUGUGAGUGCAAAUGCUGGCGUCUCUGGUUCAAGUGGACGGCUUGUCUUUAGCUCGGGCAGCGCAAAUGGGGGCAACUCAGGCGCUAUUCUAAUAGGUAGUGGCACAGCAACAGGUGGUAGUGGAGGCUUGGUGAGCAUUUCAGCAGGCAGUGGUACGAGCGGCAUCGGAGGUGCGGUUUAUAUCAGCGGCGGUGCAUCUGUCGGCACCGGUGGGAACGUGGAGAUCAAGGCCGGAGCAUCAACCGGUGGCACCACGGGGUCGACCUAUGUAAAGAAUCCAACAAAUGGUGCUGCAACUUUGACAAUAUCCGCAACAUCCUUUAUAGUUGAUACCGGCACUGUCACUAUCGCUGCGUCAUCUACAAUUACUGUCGAGGCAGGUACAACGCUUACCUUAGAGGGUGGUUCCAACGGUGUUACCUUUGAUUCUAGCUACGUCUAUGGGUUUGAGUAUGAUUCGGGCACUGUUUCAAGCGGUGCAGUCACAUUAAAUAAAAUGACGGGUAAAAUUACCUCAGAUAGCAGUGAUUUGGUUCCUAGCGGAAGCUCACAAACCAUCACUUUAACUAAUUCACGAAUAGUAACAACAUCCUUGGUUUUUGUCAACGUGAAGACCACAUGCACUGGCGGGCACAUUGUGGUUGUUAGUUCAAAUCCUGGCACUUCGGGCGGAUCUGCAACUAUUGUAGUCUAUAAUGCUGGCCAAAAUGCCUGCACUACUGCAUAUUCGCUUAGCUUUGUGGUAAUAAACUGA